CCCCCACUCCACUCCCUACCUGAUGUACAGGUUACUCUUGCCAUCUCAAAACGCUAGCUUUCUCAGGCUGGAGUGGAGACACCAGUCCUUUGUGCUUUUAAACUGCAGGGGACACACACUCAGCUCUUCAAGAGGUCUGCCUGAAUUCCCUCUCACCAGACUUAAGGUGAGCAGAAGCCCCUUCACCCUCUCCCUGGGGGAUGCUAAGGAGGGGCAUCUCAGAACACCUGGGACUUCUACAGAAACUCUUCACUAACCCAUGACAAUCUGGUCAUCCACAGCUUUGACCCUUCUAUACGAAGUGGCCCAGGCAUGGAUGGAAAGAAAUGCAGCGUAUGGAUGUUUCUACCUCUUGUAUUCACUUUGUUUACUUCCGCUGGAUUGUGGAUAGUAUACUUUAUAGCUGUGGAAGAUGACAAAAUUUUGCCAUUAAAUUCAGCUGAAAGGAAACCUGGUGUGAAGCAUGCACCAUAUAUAAGCAUUGCAGGUGACGAUCCUCCUGCAAGCUGUGUAUUUAGUCAAGUUAUGAACAUGGCAGCAUUUCUAGCCCUUGUGGUUGCUGUUCUGCGCUUCAUACAACUGAAACCAAAGGUUUUAAACCCAUGGCUGAAUAUUAGCGGAUUGGUGGCGCUGUGUCUGGCUUCCUUUGGAAUGACCUUACUUGGUAAUUUUCAGCUCACAAAUGACGAAGAAAUCCAUAACGUGGGAACUUCCUUGACCUUUGGGUUUGGCACGUUGACCUGCUGGAUCCAGGCUGCACUGACACUCAAAGUCAACAUCAAGAAUGAAGGACGGAAAGCUGGAAUUCCACGCGUUAUUCUGUCAGCAUCGAUCACUCUCUGUGUGGUCCUCUACUUCAUCCUCAUGGCCCAAGGGAUCCACAUGUAUGCAGCCAGGGUCCAGUGGGGCCUGGUCAUGUGCUUCCUGUCAUAUUUUGGCACUUUUGCCGUGGAGUUCCGGCAUUACCGCUACGAGAUCGUCUGUUCUGAGUACCAGGAGAAUUUCCUAAGCUUCUCCGAAAGCCUGUCAGAAGCAUCUGAGUAUCAAACCGACCAGGUGUAACCCAUCAGUUUUUCCUUGGGGGUGAGGUGGGUGUGACAGUGGGGGAGAGGCCAGGCUGACACACUCACAGGACUCAACACAUAACUUCAUGACACUUUUUACACACACACACACACACACGUUCAUGGCCACGUUUGCCAAACGAGCUUUUCAGGGCGAGUUCUUUCUUUAAUGACAAAGCACAAGCCUUUACAUGUUGAAAUACACGCCAUUACACUGAAAAUAUAUGCACGACGGAGCAGAAGCUUGUGCAUGCUCACCUCCUGUCCCCCUGCACCCUCGGUACUGUCUGCUCUUCUCGUUCUCUUCCCAUGUUCUCAACACCAUGAUCACCCUGCCGGACAGCAGGGCAAGCCGAACGUACCAUGGGGAUCAUGCCAGCUUCCCAAGUGGCCUUCAGGUCUAAAGGGCUUGGAACUAGCUCAGAGGAAGUUCUGAAUCCGACACAGAUACUCUUGAAUGGAUAAGAGAAUAUCAUCUCAUUGGAUGGCGACUGUGUGGAGAUGUGAUGCCGUGUCCCCUGUGGGAAGGCAUGCACAGAACGUUCCCACAACAGCUCCUGACGCCAGUGGUCAGUGGUCAGCUGUGUGGAUCCCGUGAAAGCAGCAGGCUGUCAACUGUGAGAG